UUUGCAGGUAGAAAUAGAAGCAAAGAGCCGACCCCUGCUGACAAUUAAUACGCAUCGUGGUCUAUACCAUUACAACAGGCUUCCUCCAGGCAUAAAAGUGGCCCCUGGUGCCUUUCAGCAGAUAAUGGAUAAAAUGCUCGCCGGGGUAAAUGGAGUAUCUGCUUACAUGGAUGACGUAAUAGUUGGAGGGAAAACACAGGAAGAGCAUGAUGCAGCUCUUGAAGAAACGCUGAAGCGCAUAAGGGACUAUGGGUUUACCAUCCGGAGUGAAAAGUGCGCAUUCAACAAGUCGGAAAUACGCUACUUGGGGCAUAUCAUCGACAGCCGAGGCCUACGACCCGACCCGGCAAAGAUCGACGCCAUCAAAAAUUUGCCUGCUCCAAAAGAUGUCACAGGCGUUCGAUCAUUCAUCGGUGCGAUAAAUUUUUAUGCCAAGUUUAUCCCCAACAUGCGUAACUUGCGCUACCCAUUGGAUAAGUUGCUGCUAGCCAGAAGUGUGUUCCAGUGGACACCCGAAUGUCAGAAAGCUUUUGACCAAUUUAAAGCCCUCUUGUCCACGGAGCUCUUGCUCACACACUACGAUCCAACGCGCGACAUAGUUGUGUCCGCCGAUGCAUCAUCAGUUGGCUUAGGAGCAACGCUAUGCCACAAGUACCCAGACGGAUCCCUAAAAGUGGUACAACACGCAUCCAGAGCACACAGCAAGGCGGAGAUUGGUUAUAGCCAAAUCGACAGAGAAGGGUUGGCAAUAAUUUUCGCUGUAACCAAAUUUCAUCGCAUGAUAUACGGUCGUCAUUUCACACUGCUGACCGACCACCGACCAUUGGUACGCAUAUUUGGCAGUAAGAAAGGAAUUCCGACAUACACAGCAAACCGGCUGCAAAGGUUUGCACUUACUCUUCAGCUGUAUGACAUGGACAUCGAGUAUGUAGCAACAGGCUCAUUUGGAAACGCCGAUGUGUUAUCUCGGCUCAUACAUCAUCACGCCAAACCUGAAGCUGAAUAUGUCAUCGCCAGCCUGGAGUUAGAAAACGACUUAAGGUCAGUUGCCAUUAAUGCGCUUAGCUCAUUUCCUUUAUGUUUUAGAGACGUUGAGACAGCUACGCAGACUGACCCCUUGCUCCGGAAAGUCCAUAAGUACGUGCAGGACGGAUGGCCGCAUGAUGUUUCAUUCGGAGCAGAUUUGGCACGGUACCACAAUAGGAAAGAAUCGCUCUCAACCGUUGAGGGGUGUAUACUUUUCGGGGAGAGAGUGGUCAUCCCGGAGAAACUGCGUUCCCGUUGUUUGCUGCAGCUGCACAAGGGUCAUCCGGGGAUGCAGAGAAUGAAGGCGAUUGCGAGAAGCUACCUGUAUUGGCCAAUGAUCGACGACGAUAUUGUGAGCUACGUGGCAUCUUGUGAAUCCUGUUUGGCAGCCGCUAAAGCACCCCCUCGAGCAACACCAGCGACAUGGCCAACACCAUCGGGCGCCUGGCGUAGAGUACACGUGGACUAUGCUGGGCCACUGGAAGGGUAUUUCUUUUUAGUGGUGGUUGACGCUUUCUCCAAGUGGCCUGAAAUCUACAAAACUACGAGUACAACAACAUCUGCCACCAUCUCCAUGUUACGGAACAUUUUCGCUCGCUUCGGUAUGCCUGAAACGUUAGUUAGCGACAACGGUCCGCAAUUUACCAGUGCCUUGUUUGCGGAGUUUUGCAACAGCAGCGGGAUCGAGCACAUCACGACAGCACCGUUCCAUCCGCAAUCAAAUGGACAGGCGGAGCGGUUCGUCGAUACGCUGAAACGAGCACUGCGGAAGAUCCAGAGCGACGAGACGUCCCUUGAUGAGGCCCUGGAAUUGUUUCUCAUGACGUACCGAUCGACACCAAACGCGCAGUUGAACCAGCAGAAAUCUCCAGCUGAGGAAAUGUUCGGCCGCCCCAUCAGGACAGCACUGGAGCUGUUGUGGCCCCCAUCAUCACACUCACUAUCUCCUUCCUCAUUUAUUUCAGUGCGAAGUUUUCAGCCUGGCGAUCCCGUUUCUACAAAAUCUUUCUAUAGAAACUCAUGGAAGUGGAUACCGGGAAAGAUCGUUCGUAGCUGUGGACGCGUUAUGUAUGACGUCAUUGCGAGUGAUGGACGUUUACUUCGGCGCCACAUAAACCAAAUCAGGCGUCGUGCGGUAGCCCGUGCACCUGAGGGACAUCAGCUGCCGCUUGAUGUACUGUUAGAGGAAUGGUCUUCUUCUUCUUCCCGACCAGAGCCAACCCAGCCUGAGCUGGAACCAAUCGUAAGCGAGCCAACAGCGCUUCCACGGUCAUCGCCCGCUUAUUCAUCACUAGCAGCGACGACCCCGAUGGAUGUUCCUUUGACGACAUCCAGCUCGCUACCUCCUGCCGACCUCGAAAACCGUCACGGAGGUAGGACCGAUCAGCGCCUGAUAGAUUUGCCACGCAGGUCUUCUCGAAUAAGAAGACUUCCGCGUCGGCUCGGAGCCUAUCAGCUCAUUUAGCCGGGGGAGAUGUUGCAGUCCGCCGAGACUGCAGCCUCUUCGCAAUAUCGAUGCUUUCCGGGAACUGACAGCAUUCGAUGUGUAGCGAAUAUAGUCGUCUUUUUCUCUCUCUCUCUCGUGCAUGAUCCAUUACGAUCGGGGAUCCUGCGAUGUAACGAACACUCGGGAUUUUAUCUGCACCAGCAAUAGACGUGGCUAGCGCGCGCGGCUCCGUAUUCCUUUUCCUUUUAUCAUUUGAUCGUUUUUAUAUAUAUGUUUGUUAAAAUAAAGUAUAAGUCAAC